UUGCCUCACACAUGUACUUGGAGUUUACUUCCAAAGCUGGAUUUGCGUAUUUACUGAAAUGUUUCAGCGAUGGUGUCUUACCAUGCUGCUGUGCUGGCUGGCAGCAGCCCUGCAGGUUACAGAAGAGCAACGCUCAGGAAGUUAUCUGAACCUAACGGACUUAAUUGGCUUCCCCCUCCCUCCCUCUGUGUCCUUCACUGCUGGCUUUGAGGGUCAUCCAGCCUACAAAUUUGGGUCUCAAGCCAAUGUCGGCCGACUCACCAAAACCUUUGUGCCGGGAUCGUUCUACCGGGACUUUGCUAUCAUCGUCACGGUGCGCCCAGCUAGCCAGAGAGGUGGCAUGCUCUUUGCCAUCACAGAUGCCCAACGCAAGGUGGUGAAGCUGGGUUUGGCCCUCACUCCAGUUCGCGAGGGCCUCCAGAGCAUCUUACUGUACUACACUGACCAGGAGCAGGCCUCCCACAGCCACAAAGCGGCUGCCUUUAGCGUCCCGGAUAUGACUGACCAGUGGACACGAUUCACGGUGGUGGUGGAGCAUAAUGAGGUCCGUCUCUACUUGGACUGUGGAGAGGCCGAGAGUAAGGACUUCCAUCGUAGGCCAGAGAAACUCACCUUUUCACACAAUUCAGGCAUUUUUGUAGCUAAUGCAGGAAGCACGGGGCUUGACAAGUUUGUGGGUUCGAUUCAGCAGCUGGUCAUAAAAGACGAUCCAAGAGUGGCUGAGGAGCAGUGUGAAGACGAUGAUCCUUAUGCCUCGGGGUACGCCAGUGGAGACGAGGCUUUGGAUGACAGAGAGACAGAGAAAGAGCCGAGGAAGACCGCACAGGAGGAGGGUGUUCCCGUUAGUGCUCCGCCCACUGAUGCUCCAGAGAAGUUUGAGGACUUUUCUCCUCACACGGGUCCAACAGAAGCUCGAAUGGACCUGAUGACAGGGCUACACCGAACAGAGGAGGCGGGAGAGCAGCCACAAGGUGGUGAUGUCAGGUUAAAAGGAGAGCGCGGUGAUCCUGGCCCACCUGGCCCACCUGGUCCACCAGGUCCUCCCAGUGUAUUCAGAGAGACUAACCUUGGAACAUCUGGCCCACAGGGACCACCAGGAUCUCCUGGGCUGCCAGGGAGAGAUGGACACAAGGGAAGCAAAGGUGAUAAAGGAGAUCCAGGCCAAAAAGGGUCUCAAGGAUUUCCAGGCUUGAACGGAGUAGUUGGAGCUAAAGGAGAGAAGGGAGACCCGGGAGUUGGUUUACCAGGCCCCCCUGGCCUUCCUGGACCCCCUGGACCCCCCAGAUCACGCAGUGUACCUUAUGGACCAGAUGCCCUGGGUUCUGGGUUUGAAGACCUGGACAGUGAUGCUGAACUCAUCCGGGGUCCUCCCGGUCCACCGGGCCCUCCAGGACCUCCUGGUCCCCCUGGACCCCACCUGUCCUCAUCUGCCACCACUGAAGGACUUUCUCCUGGGCAUGCUGGACCACCUGGUGCACCUGGCAGUGAUGGCCUUCCAGGCAAACAAGGAGUACCAGGUCCAGCAGGAAAAGAUGGUCCUCCAGGUUCACCUGGGGCUGUAGGUGACAAGGGUGAGCAAGGCCUACCUGGGCCUCCUGGGCCAAAGGGUGAAUGUGGGUCAACGGGUGUCCAAGGAAUUCCAGGGCCUCAAGGGCCUAUUGGUCCAGAAGGAAAGAGAGGCCUUCCAGGUCCACCAGGACCCCCUGGCCCACCAGGGCCUCCAGGAACCAAAUUCUUUGCAGAGGAUAUGGAGGGAUCUGGCAUGACUGAUCAAAUUACUGGAGCUGGAGUCAGAGGCCCACAGGGUCCACCUGGCCCACCAGGACCACAGGGUAAGGAUGGAGCACCAGGAGCUCCAGGGGUCUCUGUCAAGGGUGAACCAGGAGACCCAGGACCAGAGGGUCUUCGGGGUCCUGCUGGACUACCAGGUCCUAGGGGGGCCAAAGGAGAGAAAGGCAGUCCAGGACCCAAGGGUGAAAGAGGAGCUGAUGGCCUCAGUAUCCAAGGACCACCUGGGCCUCCUGGGGCUCCUGGACCUGUCAUUAAUCUACAUGAUCUGCUCUAUAAUGUUACAGAGGGUAUCCUCAACGUCACAGAGAUCAGAGGACCACCCGGGCCUACGGGUCCUGAAGGCUUGCCUGGCAGAGCUGGAUUUCCCGGCCCCAGGGGACCAAAGGGAGACAUAGGACCUACAGGUAUCCAGGGCCCCCCAGGGCUUAAGGGAGAGAAAGGAGAACCAGGGGUGACAAUUGCUGCUGAUGGAUCUCUCCUGUCUGCACCAAGAGGCCCUCAAGGGCCCAAAGGCACAAAGGGUGACCAUGGCUUCCCAGGACCUGCUGGACUUACGGGUCCAAUAGGACCUCCUGGACAAAAAGGAGAAUAUGGUUUCCCCGGGCGACCAGGGCGACCUGGUAUCCCGGGGAGAAAAGGUGACAGAGGAGAUUCUGUUGGCCUACCGGGACCUCCAGGUCCUCCCGGCCCACCUGGACUUCCAGGAAGAAUUAUUGGUCUGAAUGGAACAGUGUUCCCGGUGCGCCCCAGACCGCAUUGCAAAAUGGGACGAGAGUCAAUGACAAGGGGACAUUCAGCUGGACCUAAAGGAGACAAAGGAGAUGAGGGAUUACCUGGGGAGCCAGGAACACCUGGGCUCACAUUUCCAGAUGAAAAUGUGGGGACUAAAGGUGAUCAGGGAUACAAAGGUCAGAAGGGAGAAAAAGGGGAUGUGGGCCUGCCUGGUCCUCCAGGGAUCCCAGGGAGGUCAGGACUUGUGGGUCCGAAAGGCGAAUCCAUUGUUGGUCCAAUGGGUCCUACUGGUUCUCCUGGUCAGCCUGGACCUCCAGGAUUUGGACGGCCUGGACCUCGAGGUCCGCCUGGCCCUCCUGGGCCCCCAGGACCACCCCCUCCAUACGGAUCAACUGUCAGUAUCCCCGGCCCUCCCGGUCCUCCUGGUCCACCAGGCUCUCCAGGAUAUGCAAACUCUGUUACCAGCUAUAAGACAAUCCACGCCCUCACCCAAGAGGCACACCAUGCUGCUGAAGGUACCUUGGCAUAUGUGUCUGAAAGGGGAGGCGAGCUGUACAUCAGAACACGCAAUGGUUGGCACAAGAUCCAGCUCGGAGAGUUGAUCCAUUAUGAACCUUCAUCAGACACAUCUCAGUCCCUCAGCAGACCCGGAGAAUGGAGUAGAGCCCAUAGGAUACACAGCCAGGAGCUGCAGGAGGGAAGCAGAGGAUACCAGCACAGUUAUAACCUGCUACCACAGCAUUUCAAUGCAGUCUCUGGGCUUCAUCUCGUAGCACUGAAUGCCCCGCUCAAAGGAGAUAUGCGUGGCAUCCGCGGAGCAGACUUCCAGUGUUACCAACAGGCACGCGCCGUGGGGCUCACCUCCACAUACAGAGCCUUCCUGUCAUCACACCUUCAGGACCUGGCAACCAUUGUCAGAAAGGCUGACCGCAAUGACAUGCCUGUGGUUAAUCUGAGGGGUCAAGUGUUGUUCAAUAGUUGGAUGUCCAUCUUCUCUGGGAAUGGAGGCAUGUUUGAUCCGUCCACACCCAUCUACUCCUUUGAUGGACGCAAUAUAAUGAGUGACUCGGCUUGGCCAGAGAAGCUGGUUUGGCAUGGCUCCAGCACCACGGGCAUCCGCUUGACCACUAACUACUGCGAGGCCUGGAGGACAGCGGACAUGGCGGUGACGGGACAGGCUGCCCUGCUGCAGACGGGACGACUGUUAGGGCAGCACGUGCGCUCCUGCUCCAACCACUAUGUAGUGCUGUGUAUAGAGAACACAUAUGUGGGCAACAUGCAUCAAAGAAGGAACUGAGCAAACAAACACACACACACAUAAACACAUGCAGGCAUGAUCUAAGUAGAAGAUGUGAGACAUGAAUGGGAAACACAUGCGGGCACAUACGCACAUAAUGAUGUACUUCAGCUCCCACAUGCAAACAUACCGAGAAACACUCCCACACUAACAUGCAUUCACAUUUAAAGAGGGCUUAUCAUACUCAUUUCCAGCUCCAUAUUUUUAUUUUUGGACUGUGCUAGAGUAACUUUGCUUUAUUCACAAUUCAAAAUAAUCCUUAUUUAUCUUAUACUGAGGAAGCACUUCAGUGCAGCCACGUCCCUUCCUGUUUCUUCUGAUUGGCUGCCACUCAUAAACACCAAAUUCAGAAUUCAGUAGCAGGUGGGCGGGGCUUUUUCACUCACAGUCUGAACUGUGAUAUGACAAUAUCCUCUCAAAUUCAUUAAAAGGCCCAGAGACUGAACCUUUGGCCUCAUUAUUUGAAACUUUGGUCAUCCUUGUAACACUGUAACAACAAAAAUAUGAUAGAAUUACUCUUAAAAAUAAGACAAAACAGGAAGAGCAGUAGGUCCUCUUUAAGUUUUCUUUGUAUUGGUUUCAUGUGUAGUUCCCACUCGAAGCCGGAUUUAAGCCUGCGGGUCUUACAUGUCUGUCUGUGUCUAGAUUUUUCUUAGCCGUCUGCAUCAAACAGGCUACAGUUAUGUAGCAAGGAAAACUUCAGGCGUUCCUGCUACUGAUGAUGGAAUUUUGCCAUUUCUAUUACUGUUACUAGUCCCAUAAAAAAACUAAAACUAACCAUGCAUAAAUUUGUCUGCGAGACCUAGUGAGAAUGAAGGGCUUCAAAUUAAAAUGAGGUCAUAAUUAUAUAUGUACUUUUUUGGAGAUUAAAAAAAUGUGUCAGUAUUUUUUUUUAAACAGCAGGGGCUGUCAAUUCAAAUAUUAGUCAUAUUGAAAUUGUGCUUUCAUUGUGCGCUACGUCUGAUGCUUUUAGUGAGCCUGUGCGUCAGCAGCAGGGCAGUGUAUGCGACAGUGAGUCAAAAUGAACCAAUGUGUGUUUGAGUUCACUGGUACGUAAGUUUCCCAGUACGACUCAUUUUUACAUUUUCAAGACAUGUUUUAUAUAUAAUUGAUCAACUAUUCAAAAGUAGAUAACACAUGAGCACAUGUGAAGCCUGUGGAAACAGCUGUACACACAUCUCUUAGACUUUAGUCAGUAACUAAUGACUGAUGUGUCACCAGAAAAUGGCACAAGUGUUAAUUUCUUACAUCCGGGGAUGAAUGACAGAUGAAUGGGGGAUUUGGCAAGGAGGGGAAAAACACUCAACAGACACUUCAUUAGAUAUACUGGUUAAACUAGUUAUCAAUCUCAUGGCAUUAACUCAGUGCCUUUAGGCGUGUAGACAUGGUCAACAGGACUUGAAGUUUAAAACAAACACCAAAAUGUGGAAGAAAGGUGAAAAAAGAAAGAAAGGUUUAAGUCUGAAUGUGGCAUGGUUGUUGGUAUUUCAGAAACUGCUGAUCUACUGGAUUUUCAGGGUUUAGAGAAACUAGGGUUUAUAGAAAAUUACGAUAGGUAGACACCAGUAACUCAAAUAGCUAUUUGUUACAAACAAGGGAUGUAGAAGAGCAUCUCUGAACACACGACAUUAAAGCAGAUUGGCUACAGCAGCAGAAGACCACACCCUCUGCUACUCCUAUUGGCUAAGAACAGGAAUCUGAGGCUACAGUUCACACAGGCUCACAGUAGCAGGCUGGAAAAACGUUGCCUUGUCUGAUGAGUUCUGAUUUCUGCUUCAACAUUCAGAUGAUAGGGUCACAGGUCAUCUCAAACUGAUUUCUUGAACAUGACUGUGAGUUCACCUGAUCCCAGGUGAUACUGAAGGCUUCAGUAUAGGCUAACUGCACAGCUAACUGCUGUAAAACCACCAGUUUUUUUUACGCCAUUUUUUUCAAAGCUUAGUCCUACAAAUUCGAUUUCUUUUGUUCUGCGUCCUUUUAAUAAAACUUCACCAUUAACGCAUCUCUUUUGAAGUGACAAUAUUAGAGUGGACAUCAACAUUAAUAUGUACUGUAGCAGGACCUAGCGUGAAAACAGUCAGCUCGCAUUCAGAUUUGGUUGUAUGAGGUUGGAACAUGUAUGUAUAUAAAUAUAUAUAUGUAUGUGUGUUGUUCAGGUGUUGUUUAUUUUUUACUCUGUAGGUUUUGUAUGAAGCACACUAAAAGACUGAAGGCCUCCUCUCACCGUGCUUUCACUGAGGCGUAGCUCGUUUUUCUGCUGUCUGACCUUAAUGUCUCUGUUCAAACAAAACUUGAGCUUCUGAGAAAAAACAGACGGUUUGUACUGACUGACUGACUGGUGCUCACUGAAUAAAAUGUCACGUGUU